AUGUAUAGCUAUUACGAUCACGAAACCGCAUGUAUGGAGCAUCAUCCGAUAGACAAAGACGUCUCGGAAGUGCAGUACCCGUGCGACAGAUGUGACUAUAAAACUAACCGCAAGGGUACCCUCCUACGUCACCAGCUGAUACAUAAAGACACUUCCGAACUGGAUUUGUACGAGUGUGACGCGUGCGAUUACAAAACCAAACUGAAGUACAAUCUCAUACGCCAUCACCUAAAGCACAAAAACACCUCUGAGGUACCGGUGUACAAGUGUGAUCAAUGUGACUACGAAUGUACAAUAAGCAGUGAUAUAGCGAAGCACCAACUGAAACACAGAGAUCCCUCAGAAAAGAGAAUAUACAAAUGUAAAUUGUGUGACUUUACAACCAAGCACCACAACAGCCUUUCACGCCACAAACUAACACAACACGUUUCCCAAGUGCCAAUGUACAUGUGUGACGAGUGCGAGUUCGAAACGAAGUACAAAGAAAGCCUUGUGUUCCAUCAGUUGAGACAUAAGGAUAUUUCCGACACACAGUUCUACAUGUGUGAUAAGUGUGAUUAUAAAUCCAAGGUAAAGGGCGACCUUGCGAGGCACCAAUUGAGACACAAGGAUAGAUCGGAAAAGCAACAGUACAAAUGCGCUUCAUGCGAUUUCGUAACAACGCACCGCAGCAGUCUCAAGCGCCACAAAUUAACCCACAAAGACAUUUCAGAAGUGCUAAUGUACACGUGUGACAUCUGCAAUUUCCAAACUAAGUAUAAAGAAAACCUUUCGAUCCAUCGGAUGAGGCACAAAGACAUUCCCAGUGCGCGGUUGUACAAUUGUGACGAGUGUGACUACGGAACGAAAAUAAAGAGCGAUCUUACGAAGCACCAACUGGUACACAGAGAUCUCUCAGAAGAGCAAAUAUACAAAUGUACAUCGUGCGAGUUCGCCACCAGGCACAACGGCAGCCUCGCUCGUCACCAACUGACACACAAAGACAUUUCCCAAGUGCCGACGUACCAGUGUGACGUGUGUGAUUAUAAAACAAAAGCGAAGAGUUACCUCACGACCCACCAGUUGAGACACAAAGACCUAUCCGAAAUGAAAUUGUACAACUGUUGCGGGUGUGAUUACGUAACCAAGCAUAAGUCCGACCUUAAAAAGCACGAACUGACACACAAAUGUGGUUCUGAAGUGCCGUUGUAUUGGUGUGCUGUGUGUGACUACAGCACCAAGCAGAAGAGCAAUCUGGUGCCGCAUAUGAAAAGGCACAAAAAUCUGUCUGGGGGGGAAUGA